UGUUAUCUGAAGGAAUGGAUACUUCUUCAUCCAAAAACUAUCCAGUUAAAAAACGAGUGAAAAUACAUCCCAACACAGUCAUGGUGAAGUACACCUCUCAUUAUCCCCAACCUGGGGACGAUGGGUAUGAAGAAAUCAAUGAAGACUAUGGCAGAUUUAUGGAAGAAAACCCAAAGAAGAGCCUGCUGAGUGAAAUAAAAAGAAAAGGAAGAACUUUCUUUGGAACUAUGGACACUCAGCCUCCACUAAGAGAAGACCCACAAGGCAGCGGCAUGGGACCGUUCCAGAGCUUUACAGAGAAAAACAUUUUUCAGUCUCGAAAAAUGUGGAUCGUGCUGUUUGGGUCUGCACUGACUCACGGAUGUGUGGCUCUUAUCACGAGGCUAGUUUCUGAUCGUUCCAAAGUUCCAUCUUUAGAGCUCAUCUUUAUCCGUUCCGUCUUGCAGGUCUUAUCUGUGUUGGUUGUGUGUUACUACCAGGAGCCGCCCUUUGGGCCCAGCGGAUACAGACUGCGGCUCUUUUUUUAUGGUGUAUGCAACGUUAUCUCCAUCACCUGUGCUUAUACCUCCUUCACAAUAGUUCCUCCCAGCAAUGGGACCACGAUGUGGAGAGCCACCACCACAGUGUUCAGUGCCAUCUUAGCCUUUUUACUUGUAGAUGAGAAAAUGGCGUACGUGGACAUGGCUACCGUGCUUUGCAGCAUCUUGGGUGUUUGUCUUGUCAUGAUUCCCAACAUUGUUGAUGAAGACAACUCCUUGUUAAAUGCCUGGAAAGAAGCCUUUGGAUAUACCAUGACUGUGAUGGCGGGUCUGACCACUGCUCUGUCUAUGAUCGUGUACAGAUCCAUCAGGGAGAAGAUCAGCAUGUGGACCGCACUGUUCACCUUUGGUUGGACCGGAACAAUCUGGGGAGUAUCUACUAUGUUUGUCCUUCAAGAGCCCAUCAUCCCUUUAGACGGAGAGACGUGGAGCUAUCUCAUCGCUAUAUGCGUCUGCUCCACGGCUGCAUUUUUAGGCGUUUACUAUGCCUUAGACAAGUUCCACCCAGCUUUAGUCAGCACCGUGCAGCACCUGGAGAUCGUGGUGGCUAUGGUCCUGCAGCUUCUAGUGCUGCACAUAUUUCCUAGCGUUUAUGAUGUUUUCGGAGGAGUAAUCAUUAUGAUCAGUGUAUUUGUCCUUGCUGGCUAUAAACUUUACUGGAGGAAUGUAAGGAGGGAAGACUAUCAGGAAAUACUGGACUCUCCCAUUAAAUGAAUACCUGGUUAUUACUAUAUUGUUAAUGUCUAGUUAUGAAUAUGGACACUGCCAUUUUAAUAUUUACCUAUAGAUGUCUUUUGUGUUAUAUUAUUAAUAGAGUGCUAUAUAAUAUAAAUAUAUUAUGCAGAUGCAGAAAAAUAUUCCAGACUAAUAUAUUAAAGCAUAACUAUUAAAUAGAUGAAAUACAUUGUGAAUUUGGUGUCUUUAAAAUUAUUAAUAAAAGGUAAUUGUAGAAGAGUGUCAUUCUCCAUCACUAAAGAGACAACAAGACUAGGAGUUGCAGAUUGAAUCUUCAUGGUCAUAAACUUCUAAAACUGAAAAAUGUUUCUGUUUUGCUUAUGAGACAGAGUCUCUCUAUGUAGUUCUUGGCUGUCCUGGGACUUGAUAUGUAGACCAGACUGGUCUUGAACUCACAGAGAUCUGUCUGCCUCUGUCACCUGAGGUUGGCAUUAAAGGCAUGUGCCAAUAUGCCUGGUGAAAAAAAAUUUUUUUUCAAGACAGGGUCUCUCUGUGUAGCCUUGGCUGUCCUGGACUUGCUUUGUAGACCAGGCUGGC